AUGGUUUCCGAUUUGGACCUCGUGACCCGACUCCGAGAAAUUCUCCGUAGCUCCGACUUAGACACGACGACUCCGGCAAGCGUCCGUCGUCAGUUAGAAGAGGAUUUUGGUGUCGACUUGACGGAUAAAAAGGGCUUCAUCAGAGAUCAAAUCGAUGCUUUUCUCGAGAGCAAUGGCGGAAUAGAAGACAUUCCAGAGAGCCCUAAGAGAGAAGAAGACAGUAACUCCGAUGAAAUUACCAAAACCGAGGCGGAAACUGAAGGAGACGAUGUCGGAGAUGGAAGUGAAAGUGAUGAAGAGAAGGAAGAACGGCCAUUGAAGGCCAAGAAACGAGGCAAUGGAUUUACCAAAGUAUGUCAGCUAUCUCCAAAACUUGGGGAGUUUAUUGGAACAUCUCAGUUAGCUCGAACCGAGGUUGUGAAGAAAAUGUGGGUCUAUAUCCGAGAGAAAAAUUUGCAAGACCCAAAGGAUAGAAGGAAGAUAUUGUGUGACAAGUCGCUGCAUUCGUUGUUCCAUGUAAAGUCCAUUAAUAUGUUUCAAAUGAACAAGGCGUUAUCGAAGCAUAUUUGGCCCUUAGGUGAUGGAGAUGGGUGUGUAAACAGUGUGAAAGAAGAAGAUGAAGAUGAAGAUGAAACAUCAAAUGGGGAAGAAAACGAAGAAGUGGAAGAGAGUACUGCAGAAGAAAGUGAAGAGGAAGCUAGGAGUUUGAGGAAACGCAAGAGAAAAAAGCCAGCCAAGUCGGUGGAAAAGCCCAAAAGAAAAGGAGGAGGAGGCGGCUUUACUAAAGUUUGCAGCCUCUCGCCAGAGCUUCAGGCUUUUACUGGGGUGACAGAAUUAGCCAGGACAGAGGUUGUGAAAAUGCUUUGGAGAUACAUAAAGGAGAACAAAUUGCAAGAUCCGAAUGAUGGACGCAGAAUAAUAUGCGAUGAAUCAUUACAAUCUCUGUUCUCUUUCGAGUCCAUCAAUAUGUUUCAAAUGAAUAAACUUCUAACCAAGCACAUAUGGCCAUUAGAGGAUAAUGCAGGAGAAUCAGUUUGCUCUAACUCUCCAAAAACUGAAAAGCAAAAUACGGAAUCAGACGAAGAUACAGAGAGUGACGAACUAAACGAGAAAAAUAAAAAGCAGAAGAUCGAAGGUUGUGGUCUUCUUGCUCCCCUUCCACUUUCAGAUGCUCUUGUCAAGUUCUUGGGUAAUGGAGAAAGCUCGCUGUCGAGGGCAGAUGUGGUAAAGAGAUUGUGGAAGUACAUAAAACAGAAUGAUCUUCAGGAUCCUUCUGACAAGAGGAGAAUCAUAUGUGAUGAGAAGCUGAAAGAACUCUUUGAAGUUGAUUCAUUCGAAAACAUAUCGGUCUCAAAACUCCUGGCCAACCACUUCAUCAAGACCGAACAAUGA